GUAGUACUCUAAAUUGGGCUUAGGCUAUAUUAGCUUUAAUAUUUAAAAGCACUUGAGUCAUACCAUUUCAAUCUACAAUGCACUCAGCUAUCAAAUGUUUAACUUCGACCAGGAGAAUUUGGUCAGUAAAAGCUACUUUCAAAACAAACAAAGAGGACAAAACAAUUAAUUGAUCCAGUCACUUUUUUUCUGAAUAAGCAGCAAUAUUUAUCACUCAUAAACAUUUGGGUGCUGUUUGUAAAUGCCACUGAGGAAAUACAAAUCAUGUUGUGCCUUUCUGGAUAUUUCCUCAUUCAAAACACAGUGGUAGGCUGGCGGGUUUUUUGUUGUUGUUAAAAAUCCCUGCCCUGCCAGGAAUGACUGACCCCCAGGAAGACAUGCACUCAGUGUCCUCACUACUCACUGGAACUGAGUAGGUGGCUUUUAGUAAGUUAACAAAGGUAGUAGAUGAGUGAUGGCCAGUCUAUGGGUCAGGCUUCCCUAAUAAAUGCAUGAAAUAUCACAAUUGGCGCAUGUGGCAUUUUCUGUUUUUAGCUUGUCCAAAAAUGUGUUGCACCGAAUCAUAACACACUUUCCUGAUCAUUUCCAGGAAGAAUGAAACUGUGUAAAAUGUGAAAGGGUCUUCUAAGUGAUAUGUCACCCAAAUAUCACAAAGGUUGGCCUCCAGAGACAUGGAUAUCUUCAUGGAAGGGGAUUUCAAUGUGACGGGUAACACCAGCUAUAAUACAGAACAAGAAAGACAAGAAGGCAGCAAAAGACUCAACCACAGUGACCCCCUGGACAUGUUUGUAGGCAUGGAGCUUCUUCUACGUUUCAAACCUCUCUUCCUGCCUCUCUACUGUCUCGUAGUGGUCGUGGCAGGUGUUGGAAACUCCUUCCUGUUGGCUUGCAUCUUGUCUGACAAGAAACUCCACAAUGCCACCAACUUUUUCAUCGGUAACUUAGCAGCUGGAGACCUGCUGAUGUGUUUGAGUUGUGUUCCGCUGACUGUGUCCUAUGCCUUUGACAGCCGUGGCUGGGCUUUUGGGAAACACCUCUGCCACUUGGUCCCCUUGCUGCAAUGUGCCACGGUAUUUGCAUCAGUGCUUUCACUCACUGCCAUUGCUGUGGAUCGCUACAUUGUUGUAGCUCACCCAAUUCGGAGAAGGAUCUCUGCAUGGGGUUGUGGUGCAGUGGCUCUGGGUGUCUGGCUUUUAUCUCUGGCCCUGGCUGCACCUCCUUCUCUCUACACACACUAUCUGGACUUGAGACCCAAUGGCAUCAACCUGGUAGUGUGUGAGGAAAUCUGGCCACAUAGUGGCAAUCUGCGGCUGCUCUAUUCUUGCUUCAUUCUCAUAGCCUCUUAUAUGAUCCCGCUGCUGUCGGUCAGCGUAUCCUACUGUGCCAUUACUGUCAGCCUAAAACGCUAUUCAGUACCUGGGGAGCCCUCCAACAGCCAGCAGCGCUGGAGCCAAAGGAGAAGGAGGACUUUCUGUCUGCUGGUGGCCUCAGUGCUGGCUUUCGCCCUGUGUUGGCUGCCCCUGCAGGUGCUGAACCUAUUGCUGGACCUGGACCCAGACUUCCACAUCAUAGGGAAGCGCCACAUAAAUGUCUUACAAGUCUGCUGUCAUUUAGUGGCUAUGAGCUCUGCAUGCUACAACCCCUUCAUCUAUGCCUCACUGCACAGCAAGGUGCGCAUGCACCUCAAAGGCUACCUCUGUCCUUGUCGCAGUCGUCAGAAAGGGAUGGAGGAAAGGGCGUCAUCCAGUGGCAGAGUGGCAAUCAGGAGAGUCAAGACUUUUCCCGGGUGGCCGGUAGUGUUUCGAGGCCGCGAGGGCCGUUCUGAUAAUAGCUAUACAUUGCCCCCCCAAGGGCCGGUGGUCUACGCCGCUGGCGUCAUCUAGGAGCUGAUUUUAGACCACGCUCGCUAUGAUACAACUGUAGCAGCACCUGACAUCCAGAACUCUGUCCUUACCCACAAGUUAACACCUGCACCCCUAACACCACUGUUAAUGUCUGAGGUGUCUAGGAGAACAUUAGGGAAAUGUUUAAUAUCCAUUUAAACCAGAUUUUUUUCAUGCUUUUCCAGCAUUUUGUGUCUUCAAGACAUUUGCUCCUCUCUUGUACAAUGUCACCAGAGGCAAUGUUAAAUAAGGCCACUUAUGACAAACAGGCGAAGAAGCAGAUCCAGACCAGACUGUAGUUAAGUACGAUGAAGAAGAAGAUUAAGCCAUCCACUGGGAUCCCUGUGUUUUUCUUGGACAGCCAAGCUGCAUUGCACGGACACUAAGCAGAUCCUGCAGCUUUAAAAAGGCCAGCAGUUGGCAUAAAUACAUCCUCAGGCUGAGGGCUUCUGUAGCAGACAUGCUGGAGGCUGAGAUCAGGGGUGGCUACACUGGGCCUGGUUAUACUUUAAAGGUAAACGCUCGACUUCUGGGAGCUGACCGAACGAUGAACUCUUCUCACCAGACAUGGAUUACAGACCCAGAGGAGGACAUAGGAAGGAAAAAAAACGUCAUUGUUUGAUUUACUCGCUGCUACUGAAUGUCUGUGCUUCAAAUAUUAGUUAUGUAUCUCUUGUAUUGCACAUCACCUACAUUAUGUUGGAUGUAUUAUGUUGAAAUACAUUAUUAUAUAUAUUGUCGGCUAUUUUAGUGUCAUUAUGUGCUAGUUAGUGCCUAUGGUCUGGCUCCACUGUCAAACUGUUUGCUACUAGUGAACUGUUUUAAUUAUCUGAUGAACAUGAAGUCUCUGUGCUUUGUCCCUGUCUGAAAAAAAAGGACUGACACAAGGAUUAACUUAAUAUUCAGAUCAUGAACAAUAAGCAUCACUGUGCUACCGCCAUUGCUGUUAAGUUCCCAUCAGGUAUGAUUAAUGCUUUCUUAAUGCUUUCUUUGUUUGGAUAAAGCCUGUGUAUCAAGUA